AUGGCUGUGGUUCUUGAGUUUUGUUUCCUCUUGGUUUCUCAUCUUUUACUUCUUUCAGUUGGGUAUGGAAAUGCGAGUCAUAUUAAGUGUCUUGGAUCUUUUAAUUGCGGAGAACUUGGAAGCCUCCAGCUCCCUUUCACCAAGCCAGAAUUGCCGGACUGUGGCUUAAUGGUUGUUCAUAACUGUGAUGCUUCAGAUAAACCGAUUGAACUAGAGAAGAAUGGAUCAAGAUCAUUCUUGCAGCUUAAGGCUGUCUUUCUGCAGCAAAGUCUGAUUACGGUUUUUGACCAGGAUCUACACAAUCGUUUGCAAUCCAAUGGUUCUUGUGAAGCCUUCAACCACAAUAUCUCAAUCCCUGCAAGCUCUCCUUUGAUUUCUUUUGAUAUUAAAUACAACAUAACCCUGUUUAAAUGCAACCACCAACUCAAUGUCAGCACCCCCUCUGGUUUUAUUAAACAUCCCUGUGCAAACUUCGAUAUCUAUCAUUACCGCCUGCUCUCUGAUCCUCAGCCUCGCAACAAAAGCCAUUUCUCAUCAUGUUCAAAUCUUGUGCUUCCAAAAAAAGACCUGCCUGAUACCACUGACCUUCAAUCGUUCUUAUCUGCUCAAAUGACUCUGGAGCUACGAAUAUCUGAUGCUUGUGAUCAGUGCCACAGCAGCGGAGGCCAAUGUCAACUUGACAGGAACAAUAACUUCUACUGCGCCAGAGGAGUUUUGGCAGCUGUAACAGUAGGAGUUUUUGUUCUUAUAAUCUACUUGUUUAGAAGGACAUUAUUCCGAAAAAACAAAUCUAAAACUCAUCGAGAUUUUGAGGCCUUUCUAAAGAGUCAUGGAUCACUUGCCACAAAAAGAUAUAGCUACUCGGAGAUAAAGAAAAUGACCAGUUGUUUCAAAGAAAAAUUAGGGCAAGGAGGCUAUGGAAGUGUGUUCAAAGGGAAGUUAACGGACAAAUCUCUAGUUGCUGUGAAGGUUUUGAAUGAAACAAAAGGUAACAGAGAGGAAUUCAUCAACGAGGUAGCAAGUAUAAGCAAGACUUCUCAUGUUAACAUCGUCACUCUUUUAGGAUUUUGUUUUGAAGGGUCCAAGAAGGCACUUAUUUAUGAGUUUAUGGCUAAUGGAUCAUUAGAGAAAUUCAUCUUUGAAAAUGAAGCAAACCUCCUGAAUGAUAAUCUCCAACUGAGCUGUGAAAUAUUGCAUCAAAUUGCAGUCAGUGUUGCACGAGGAUUAGAGUAUUUGCACAAAGGAUACUUUGGACUAGCUAAAAUAUGCCUAAGAAAUGAGAGUGUGGUAUCUAUGACGUGUGCUCGAGGAACCAUAGGAUAUAUUGCUCCCGAGGUAAUUUCUAGAAAUUUUGGUGUAGUCUCUCACAAGUCAGAUGUUUAUAGUUUUGGGAUGAUGAUUCUUGAAAUGGUUGGAGGAAGAAGGAAUGUCAACGUCAAUGUUGAUAAUAGCAGUGAAAUAUAUUUUCCUCAUUGGAUUUACAAGCGGCUAGAAUUGAAUGAAGAACUUGCGCUGAGGAGCAUUGGAAAUGAAGGUGACAAAGAGAGGAUAAGACAAAUGGUGAUCACAAGCUUAUGGUGCAUACAAACUAACCCUUCAGACCGUCCAAUGAUGAGUAAAGUGGUGGAGAUGCUUGAAGGCAGAGUUGAGACCUUGCAAGUUCCACCAAAACCUUACUUAUCAUCUCUUUCAGCAUCACCAUGCCAUUCGUCUUCCUCAACUCACUGA